AUGUUUUUCAUAUAUGGGUAUGGAGGUACGGGAAAAACAUUCAUAUGGAACACUCUUUCAGCAGCUCUAAGGUCAAAGGGAGAAAUUGUUUUAAAUGUUGCUUCAAGUGGAAUUGCGUCCCUGUUGUUGCCUGGUGGAAGAACAGCUCAUUCACGAUUCAAAAUUCCCAUAAAUGUCAAUGAGGAUUCCAUGUGCAACAUCAAUCAAGGUUCUCCACUUGCAGAAUUGAUUGUUAAGUGUAAGCUUAUUAUUUGGGAUGAGGCACCGAUGAUGCACAAGUUUUGUUUUGAAGCAUUGGAUCGAAGUCUACGAGAUAUAAUGCGGUUUGUCAAUCCGUCAAGUGCAUCCACCCCUUUUGGAGGAAAGACAGUUGUGUUCGGGGGUGAUUUCAGACAGAUACUACCUGUUAUACCAAAAGGAAGUAGGCAAGAUAUUGUUUUUGCAACAAUAAAUUCUUCAUAUCUCUGGAAAUAUUGCAAGGUUUUACGGUUGACAAAAAAUAUGAGGCUUCAAAAUAUGGGCUCCAGUGCUGAAGCUGUGGAGUUGGAAGAGUUCUCUAAAUGGAUUGCGAGUAUAGGCGAUGGAACAAUUGGAAGUGCGAAUGAUGGUAAUGUCAAUAUUGAUAUUCGAACAGAUUUUUUGAUAAAAUGGUCUGGAAAUCCAAUUGAGCACAUAGUUAACACCAUUUAUCCAUCAGAUUGUUCCAAUAAUGUAGAUACAAGUUAUCUACAAGAGAGAGCAAUACUUGCUCCUACUCUUAAUGCUGUUGAAUAUGUAAAUCAAUACAUGAUUUCUUUGAACAAAAGUGAAGGACGUUUAUAUAGAAGCUCAGACUCAACUUCAAGAUCAGAUUCAAUCACUGAUUUGGUACAACAGGUGCAUACCCCAGAAUUCUUGAAUAGCAUCAAAUGUUCAGGAGUACCAAAUCACGAAAUAUAUUUGAAGGUUGGAACUCCGGUUAUGUUGUUGAGGAACAUUGAUCAUGCAAAUGGAUUGUGCAAUGGAACUCGAUUGAAAAUAACAAGACUUGGACAACAUGUUUUGGAAGCACAAAUUCUUACGGGAGAUAAUGCAAAUACAAAAAAUUUGAUUCCAAGAAUGUCAUUGACUACUGCUGAUCCAAGAUUGCCAUUUAAGUUUGAACGACGACAAUUCCCCCUGAUUGUAUCUUAUGCAAUGACGAUCAACAAAAGUCAAGGGCAAUCGUUUUCUCAUGUUGGUUUAUUCUUGCCAAGACCAGUUUUUACACAUGGCCAAUUGUACGUUGCAGUGUCAAGAGUACGAAGUCGAGCAGGACUUAAAAUAUUACUUUCUGAAGAUGGUAGAAAUGAUGAUACUACUACUACAAAUGUUGUGUAUAGGGAAGUUUUUCAAAAUGUAUGA